AUGGGCGCGUCCGUCUCUGCUGAGGCGCAGGCCGCACAGGAGCCCGCGGAGCACGACAGGUCGUCCUCCGCGACGUACUGGGCAUCGCCCAAGGGCGGCCUGCAGCCGCCGUGGCUGACGGCAGCAGGGCAGCUCCCGCAGCCGGGCGGGGCGCACGUGCUCGCCGCCGCCCGGCCCGGGGGCCCGGCGGCCGGGCUCUGGUCGGGCGCGGUGCCGGCGGCGCACGCGGGAGGACCCGCGCUCCGGCACCAGCCCGCGGGGCCCCGGCUGCUGCGGCCGCCGGCGAGGCCUCACACCACGGAACACACCAUGAUCAUCUGGGACUGGGACGACACGCUCAUGUGCAGUUCCCCCCCCGGGGUCAUCAACAGCAACGCCGUGCAACCGCACCAUGCUGAGAGGUUGGACGCGUUAUUGGAACAGGUGCUGAUGUUGUCAAUGAGGCUCGGGGAGACUUGCAUUGUGACCAAUGCGGAGCAGGUCUGGGUCACCGAGAGUAGCCGUCGGUUCGCUCCCAGAGCGCUGGCGCUCCUGCCGAAGAUCCAGGUGGUGUCGGCACGGCAGAAGUACCAGCGGAGCUACCCCGGAGACGUCUUCGCUUGGAAACGUGAGGCUUUCCGAGAGGUCCUGACCGAGUGCAAGGUGCCAAGCAGCGGCGUCCUAAAACUCGUCGCGCUCGGGGACUCGAUGGCCGAGAUACAGGCCGCACAGACAUCCACCACCAAUCUGCCGCACCCAGUUGUUGUAAAUACCGUGAAGUUCAAGGAGGCGCCGUCUUGCGAUGAGCUCAUAGAACAGCUGUGCAUCCUGUUGCAGGAGCUAGCGGCCAUCGUGAACGAUGAGCGAAGCAUCUCUAUCAACUUGGCGAGUAUAGUAUUCAACCAGCGUUCCGCCUCUCUUUGGCCAAGACCCGCCACUGGGUUGCUUGGCACGUCCUUGGAGCUGAGGCAAGCAAUGCCUUUCAUGCCAAGUCAGAUCCGCGCCGCUCCCAAAGCUGGUUGCGCUGGUGCCCCAGCGCACGCUCGCGGUCUCUGA